AUGACAAAUCCAGCCGCAGAUAGUGCGGCUACUCACUGCUUGUUGCGUUCUUGGUCGAGAAAGGUGCUGAAACACCUUUCUCCGCGAACAGCAGACCACACUCGCCCCGGAGAGAAGACCAGCGUCGGGACAGUGGCACUUAGAGUUCAAGCUCAAACCCUAAUCCGAGGUAAGGGCUUCCGCGUAGGUUUAUUACAUAACUGGCCCGCCUUCUCUUCCUCAUCAUCUUCGUUUUCGCCCACUGCGACUAGUCAUCCAUCCUCCUCCUCGACGCGCCGGUUCUCUGCCUCAGCACCUGCUCUCCCUCCGCUCCCUUCGCUCUCUUCGCUGCUACGCUCCGCAAACAUGGAAGACCGGUUGAUCCCCUCUGAAACCGACCACCUCGCCGACGGAAAGGCCCUCGCCGCCGCCUCCGCCUCCGCGGCCGCAUCCACGCCCGCCGUCGCGUCGCCGCUCGCGACUCCCGCGCCCGCGCAGCCCAUCUCCCCCUCCGCGCACUCCGCCGGCUCGCAGUCGCCUUCCGAGAGCGUGCCGCCCGUCGGCGAGAGCUCGCGCCACGGCAGACAGCUCUCGACCUCCAAGCGCGCUGCCCAGAACAGAGCCGCCCAGCGCGCCUUCCGUCAGCGCAAGGAAUGCUACAUCAAGGACCUCGAGGCAAAGUUCGACGAGCUCAAGGCCUCCAAGGCUAUCAUCGACGGUCUACGCGCUGAGAACGUCCAAUUACGCGACUACAUCCUCGCGCUCCAGUCUCGUCUUAUCGAGCAGCCCGGCGUCGGUGGCAGUGGCGUGCCCACUCCUCCUGCUGUUUACGCUCGUCGUCCGAUCGACUUUAUGCACGAGAGCAACCUCCACGAGCAGCACAACAACGCCGCCGUCUCGCUCUCUGAUAUCGGCAAGGACGAGCAGCUGUCUGAGAAGGCUCGUUGA